CUUAAAUAGUUGUCAAUUAUUUGACGUUUCUCACUUAACCAAACUUUAAACAACAACGAAAAGUGCAAAAUAAAAUGUUAAAUACUUUAAAUCGUGUUUAUAAGUGUACUAUACGAUUGAAAUCAACGUGGAAACAACCGGAAGGUAUUGAAACGGGUAUAAAAAUCUACAAUUGUAUAACAAAAGAUAAAGUUCCAUUAAUUAUAUCGAAAAAUAAGCCGUAUUUAACAUGGUACACUUGUGGGCCCACCGUUUACGACUCGGCCCAUAUAGGCCACGCCAGUUGUUACAUUAAAAUUGAUAUUAUCCAAAGAAUAUUAAGAGAUUAUUUUAAAUUUCGUCUAAUCACCGUUAUGAAUAUUACUGAUAUUGAUGAUAAAAUCAUUAAUGAAAGCAAAACUUUAAAUAGGUCUCCAAUAGAAAUUGCUAGACACUAUGAAAAAGAAUAUUUAGAAGACUUGGAUUUGUUAAAGAUUCAAAAACCUGAUAUUGUGGUUAGGGUUACGGAUAACAUGCCAGUUAUUGUUAAAUUUAUUAAGAAAUUGGUGGAGGAUAAAUAUGCUUAUAAAGCUAAAGACGAAUCAUAUUAUUUUGAUGUGGAGACUUUUAAGGAGUAUGGAAAGUUGCAAAAUAUAGAACGCGGUGAAAAUAGCAUCGUCGAGAAAAGUGAUAUUAAAAAAAAUCCGAUGGAUUUUGCUUUGUGGAAAGCGGCGAAAGCUGGAGAACCGUUUUGGGAUAAUUCAUUGGGACCUGGACGACCUGGUUGGCAUAUUGAAUGCUCUGCUUUAGCUGGGAAUAUUUUAGGGGAUACCAUCGAUAUACAUGCAGGAGGUAUCGAUUUGCGAUUCCCACACCAUGAAAACGAAGAAACCCAAUCUUGCGCAUACUUUAAUAAAGAUCAGUGGGUUAACUAUUGGUUCCACGUUGGCCACUUGCAUUCACGAGGAAGCGAAAAAAUGUCAAAAUCCUUAAAAAACACAAUAAGCAUAAGAGACAUGUUAAAAAAAUCAACAGCCGCUAGUUUUCGAAUGGCUUGUUUAAUGACUCAUUAUCGUAAUCAUAUGGAAUUUAGUGACGAACUUCUUCAAACUGCCACCAGAAAUCUGGUAACUAUAAAAAACUUCAUUGCAAAUUGCACGAUUUACUUAAAAGGAAAUGUAAACGCGGUCAUCGAUAACAAUCUUUUAUUAAAAACGUUAGAAACGACUAUGAUUAACGUCGAAAAUGGUUUGAAAGAUGAUUUUAAUACUCCGAUUGUCUUAAAAUCUAUUAAUAACUUGAUGUCUACCACAAAUAAAAUGUUGGGGGCGAAUAAUACGAAUGGAGAUCCAACCAAUUUUUUAAGUCAUUCUGUCUGUAUUGUUGCCGUAAUGAAUUAUUUGAAAGAUUUAUUUAGAAGUUUCGGGAUCGAUGUGUUGGAGGAAACGGGAACUGAGAGUAUCGAGUAUAACGAGGUGAUUGAUUUGUUGAUUAAGUUUAGACAGGAUGUACGUAGAUUGGGAUUGGCGGAAAAUAACCAAAACACUUUGCAAAUGUGCGAUGACGUACGAGAAGAGUUAAGGAAAAUAGGAAUUUAUGUUAAAGAUUAUGGGAAAAUAUCAAGUUGGUCGAGAUAAUGAGAAAAAAGUGAAAUUGUUUAUUAAUUUUAAGAUAAAUGUUUAAAAUUGCAAUAAUUAUUGUAUUAAAUUGUCAAUUUAGAAAAUCUUUUUUGGGUUAUUGCAAUCCCAUUUUAUAAUCCUAAAACGACAUAUAUUUUAACUAUUAACCCAGAUAUGCCUAGCGUCCUACAUGUAGGACACACCAGGAACAAGUUGUAACACGAUUUAGGUAUUAGUAAUU